UACCUAAAACUCCAACCUAUGAUGGAUGCUAUACCUAGUCUGGAAAAAUGGCUGAAGCAUGAAAUUACUGAAGUGGCAACUUUUGUCUCUGUUUUUUAUACUACCUGGUUUCUCAAAGCUGAACUAUCUGCUGCUGCUCCGAAUCAGGAUAUGAGAGCGCUUUGGCAAAUGAAUAGAUUUAAGGAGUACAAUUUGAUUGGGGCAGAAUCAGUCAUUAAAUCUAUCAAACGCCACACAUGGUUUCUGGACCCUUACCUUAUUGUACUAGCUCUAGCUGAUGAAAAAUGUAAAGAAAGAGGUGAUAUUGCUCAAAAACUAUACAGCUUUGAAUUUCAUAGUAUGGAUGAAUAUCCGUUAGCCCGAAUAAGUGCUAACAUAGAGGUCCUCAAUUCUUUAGACUUCAGUGGACCGAAGCCUCCCAGCUUAGUUCAUUUGGUCACAGAAAAUUCGUGGCUAUUGUUCCUUAUGAUAGGCCAAAGUAAAAGUGACUGUCAAUGGAUGAAAACCCCUCCAGAAUAUUGGACUUGCAACGAUUUCUACUUAAAAUUUCAGGAGACAGUUUUUAAUCUUUCAGUUGUUAAUGAUUGCUCGGAAAGAAUCGUUAAACUCAUAAAAGACAAAAUUGAUAUUGCCCGAAAAGAAGAGAAAAGACAGGAUUCACUUUUAUUUUUGCAUAAUUACAAAAGGAAAGUUGACAGUGCAUUAACACAUUCUUGCUACUGCGGCGAAGUGGUUAGAAUAAGUGGUUUAUAUUUGCGAUAA